GUACAUUUGUUGUGUACUUUCUGUUUUCUGUCAAGGAGCCUCAUGCAAAUGCAGAUUAAAGUGGUGUCCCUUUAAAGCUAUAGAGCAAAAUUAGCAUUAAUGCUCACACCUGUUGGAAAAAGGUGAGCGCAAACCAAACCAGGAGGCAAAGAGGAUUAAAGGCAGAAGCCUGGGCUAGGAAGGAGAGUGUUGGGUUUCUUAGGGUAGGCUGGGAGUUAGGAGGUAAAAGUGAAAAUGGCGUUUCUGUGGUGUGAGCAGAGGAUUACAAAGGUUUCUCUAGCUGAGAUUCUGAGGUGUUUUGACCAUCCUUUGAGUGAGGAGCAAGCCUGGGCUGUCUGCUUUCAAUGUUGCUGUAAAAUGAAGCAGUUGGCCAAAGGGCUGUGUCCACUUCUCCAUUCUGUAUUCAUAAAUGGUCCUGAAAGCAUCUUUAUCCAUGCUGAUGGUACUGCUUCUUUCAUGGUGUACCAUGAGUCCGAUGUUGGCAGCAUUCAGCAGUCAGAGGACAAGCUGUUGGAGUACUUGGGAAUAGUGAUCUAUGAAGCCCUGGACUGGGGAAUCAGUGACCAAGUGGAGCGAGAACUGAGUGAUCCUUUGGAGAAACUGCUGUACUUAAUGUUGAAAUUGGAUGAUGGGGCAAUGAAACCAGCAGUCACCCUGCAGGAUGUUAUAAAGGCCUGUGAGGAGCACUUGUCCAGGUCUUCUGAGGCUACCAGCCAUUACCAAAUUACCUGUAGGAGACUGUUUACUGGAUAUAUGGAACUUAAGAAGCUUAUAACUGUCAUCCAGACCUCCAAAGAGAGUCUGAGAAAAAUGGAUGCGGAAGGUGUGGUGGAAAAGACCCUUCAGAAGGACAAACACUGGGCAUUCCUGUGGUCCAGUGUUGUUCGUGAGCUGCAGAAGGGUGUGAAGCUGCGUAAAGCUACUGAGCGGCCACAGCAUCGCUUGCCUCCAGCAGAACGUACCCAUUCUCCCUAUGAAUUACUUUUGGAUGAUAUUCAGUGCAAGAGGUUCACCCUUCGGAAGGUAAUCGAGCAGAAACACAGGACCCCCAAAGCUGAUGUAGCUGUCCCCAAGCCUCAUCUGAAACCUGUGCUGGAGAGGAAGCUGAAAGAGCACAUGCCACAGGAGUCCAACUGGCAUGAACAGCUCAUGGUGAAAGUAAAACAACUGCAGAAGCUUCAGUCAUCAGCAGCAAGGGAAAAUGGGAGCAGGCCCAAAGAAAUGCUUGUGACACCAAAUACUGCCUUGAAAUCUCCAAGCGAUAGUUUCCAGACUCUCCAGGAUGACAGUACAGGGUUUAAAAUUGUCGACACUACAAGACAGCAUCUGGGACCAGGACUUCAGGAAAACACUCUGAACCUGCCCUCCAGCUCCUGGCUUGCCUCAGCUAGGUCAGCAGUAGUAUCCAGCAACAGUGCAGGUCUUGCUGCAAGUUGCACAUGUCCUCCUGUGAGUGCACCCAUGCUAGGAGACAUUAAACCUAAUGGCUUCCUGAAUGCUGACCAAAUGCAGCUGCCUCCUUACAGAGGAAGGUCCAGUUCUGUAGAGAGAGGCCUUCAAAGCAAAGAGCUUGACGGUCCCUUUCCUAUGAAGUGGCCAACACCUACCAUUGCUGAGCUGAUUGGAACCAGAUAUGCAAUGAUGGUGCUGCAAGGGCAAGGCUUCUUCCAAGGAGGUAGUGAUGGUGUCUUUCCAAGAGCAAAGAUCUGUUUCAGCUGCCAUAAGCAGAUGUUCCUUAAGUGGCCUUACAGCUGUUACCUCUGCAGCAGUGUUGUCUGCUGUGACUGCUGCAUCAAGAUGUCCAUGCCCUUCAGAACAUGUGUACAUCUCCCACUUCACUUUCUGAAACUUCUGAGACUCUCCAGAGAGGAGGACCCAGCUACUCAAGAGCAGAAGAGCUUAGAGUUGCUGCAUGAAAUAGAGCACUGGGAGUAUUUUGGUGUACCUGUUACUUUGGAACCCCGUUGCCUAGCACGGCCUCUCUGCUGUUACACAGGGCCUGUGGCAGACUGGCUGACUGUAGACAUCUGUAGACAAUGUGAGCAGUAUCUGCUGAACAUGGCUUCCAGUCAACAGCAGAGCAUCCCUCUCAGGAGAACUUCCUGUCCUUGAACCAAAUUGGAGGCCUGGUUAGGCAGUGUUGAAGGAUACAAUGGACUUGUAGCUAGAAUGAGUCACGCUGAAGAAAAUAAUGACUGAGAAGGGCCAGUCCUUCCAUGAGAUGAGAAGGGAAGAAAGACAUGUUUAAGCUGAGCCCAAGGUCUGCAUCCAAACUGCCAGAAGGGUCAGUACCUCCAGCUGCUUUGUGCUGGCCUAACUCUGCUUCCUCUCAUCUGUCUGUCUGCAAGCUGAUGCCUACUUGCAGGUUUGGGCAAGCUCAGUGAGUAAAUAAAUGUGGGGAAGCUGGAGCUUGUGCUUCCUUUUGGAGAAAGUUCAAGUGUUCCUCUUCCUUGAGUCAAUUAGGAGGGGUGCAGCCUGCCUGCCCAGGUCCUCUCCUGCAUGUGCUAAUUGCUGGUGCUGCUGGGAGGCACAUGCAUAUCAGGCAGGUGGGCUCCUUGCAGGCUGCAGGGAAUGGCAGCCAAGCCACAGCUGCGCUUGCUGGCAAGAUGAGUACAGCACAGGGCCAGGGGCAGGAGGUGCUCUUGGACGCUUGCUGAGUGAGGUAGUUUAGAGAUAGCUAGAAGUGAGCCUGGAGAGCAAAGGUGGUUCUAGGUUCUGUCCCUUGCAUACCUGCUGUGGUGCCAUAUGGGCUCUUUCUACUGGCUUUUUAUCUUCCUGCCUUGUGGCAGUGAGUGGAGUGAUGAAAUGCCCUCACUGGCAGAACAAACAGCCAAAAGGGGGUGGGAGUUGGAUGCUAAGGGACAGCCUCACCUUCCCUGCCCCUGACCUAGUGAGCUGUCAGUAAGACCCAUGUUCCCAUCACUCCUCUUCCACUGUACUGGUCGCACUGGCAUGUAAUGGCCUAGUGCAACCUCUGUCCACCUGUACAGGAGUGGCAUGUAGUCCUCUCAACUCUGGCAUGCAGCCAUUGCUCUUGACAAAGGUAAGUAAUGAGAGCUUUUGGGCACGCUUACUGGAAAUGUACAUAUCUUUAAAUACAGCUAAAAGAGCCGUGGCCAAGGAGAGCCCAU